AUGGACCAAUUGGUGCAGGACAAAAUAUGCCUGUUCAAGUACAAACUCAACUCAACCUACUGUACCGACUUGUCCACUAUGGAGGACGAGGACGACUACCUCCACAAGAAGUCCGAUAUAUUAGCCGAUGGGACGACAUAUUUAAUGUAUUACACAAUAAUACUGACCAUACCGUCGGUAAUCGCCUCCCUGUUCAUCGGCUCGUGGACUGACACUUACCUUAAGGUUAAGAAAAUCUUAUUAAUCGGUGGCGCUAUUGGAUCCGUAUUAGAGAUGUUGAUACUUAUACUCAAUGAUGUUAUGUAUGAUAGCACCUACUAUUGUGUGUUGCUAUCGAUAGCGCCGACACUAGUGACAGCGGGUCUGUUAGGCCAACUGUCGGCCAUUUGGUCGUACGUCGCGUCCACCACUCCAUCGCAUAUGAGGGCUAUUAGGAUGACAAUGACCGAGAUUGCUAUUGGCAUCGGCCAACCCCUGGGGACGUACGUGGCGGGGCUUAUACUAAAUACGGACCCAUGGAUCAAAGGCAAGGGACAGUUACACAACUACUCGGCCUCAUUCGCAUUGGGCGGCAUGUGUUUCAUAGUGGCCCUCAUUUUCGCCAUAUUUUUCAUCGACGAAAAGCGCGACAUAAAGGACUGGGAGAAGCGGUUCAACGCCGUGUCCGACCCCGAGAAAGACAGUAUAGUAUCCGUCGACGAUAGGGUGCACCAGAAGCUGAAAAAGUUUGAGGAUAACAAACACAUACAUCCCAUGAAACUGUUGUUCAACACCAAUAAUGUCAAAGAGAUGUGGAGGACGUGUAGUAAGAAACGGGAUAAACGUGUGAGACGACAAAUAUGGCUACUGUUCCUGGCUGAUGCCAUCUACCUGUUGGACCACGUGGGGCCCUUCAUAUUCAUGUACCAGUUCUCGCAAAAGGUCUAUUCCUGGGACUCAUCCACUUAUAGCAAUGGAUCCACUAUUGAAAAGAUAUCGUCAAGUGUGGCCACAAUGAUAUUUGGAGCCAUACUUCUUAAG